AUGAUCCGACGGGCCCUGUUUAGGAGCCUUCGCUUUCGGUGCUCCGGCGCCGUGGUUUUUCAGUCCACCACCACCCCUGUGACGAAAUGUUGUCCCUUUUCCGCCGCGUUGGGCACGGCGCAGGCCAAACCGCUGGCAACGCGGACAGAGACGGUCGCUUGUCCCAUCAUGGGUGCCGCUCCGCCGCUGCGGUGCCCAAUGGAGACCGAGGAAUACGUGAGGACGCUGCCUGCGCAGGAAAUAGUGGCACAGAUGGGGAAGUUGCGGUUGUCCGCCUUCGUCACUGCGACGGCGGUGGCUGGAUAUGUGAUGAGUGGUGGAUCCAGCGCGGUGGUGGCGGCGGCAGUAACUGCCGGGACGCUUCUGCAGUCCUGUUCCGCAAACACGGCGAACCAAAUAAUAGAGAAGGAGCAUGACAAGAAGAUGAAGCGAACCUGCCGUCGUCCCAUGCCUAUGGGCUACAUAACCUGCACAAGUGCCGCAGCCCUGUCUGCUUUGGAGCUGUUGGUUGGAUCUGGCAUUCUAUGCCUCGUCAGUCCACCGAUGGCAGCUCUUGGAGUUUUUAAUUGGUGCGUUUAUGUUGCCGUGUACACGCCACUUAAACGUGUUUCUGCCAUAAACACAUGGGUAGGCUCCAUUGUUGGUGGAAUCCCUCCGCUUAUGGGCGGAAUCGCUGCAACAGGGACCGUGACGAGCCCUGCCUGGCUUUUGGGUGCCCUGCUUGUUGCUUGGCAGAUUCCACACUUUAUGGGACUAAGCUUUCAUUGCCGCCGUGACUACGAAGCUGCCGGCUAUAAAAUGUUGGCGUUCUAUAGCCCUUGGCGUGCUUCCUUUUAUGCCGUCUUGAUGUCUCUUGCCAUGGCUGGGAUUACACUUGCGGGCCCCGCCUUGAUAGGAAUUCCCUGUGAGGGAUGGUACUAUCCUGCGGUAGCCGUCGCCAACGGUGUUAUGAUUUACAAGGCGUGGUUGUUUCACUGUAUGCCAAAGGCACAUUGCCGUGGUUGCUUUGUGUUUUCCUACAUCUAUCUCACCAUAGUUCUCACCGCUUUUAUGUUAAAUCACUUUGAACCCGUAAAGAAGUGCACCGCCGCAUAUGCGUAUGUCGUGGGCCAGCUUGAGGACCAACGCAAGGAGGCCGUGUCUCCAACUCUCUGA